AAGUCACAAGCCUCUUUGACUAUCACUGCGCACACCGCACAGAUACGAAGCCAGCCAGAAAGUGAGUGAGAAUUGAGAAAGAGAAACCACACGCUCCCUCACUCUCUCUCUUUUUCCGCCAUUGGAGUUUGGGAUUGUGCUUUUCGAGAACGACACUUAUAUAAUAACUGUUUAUCAUUCGCUAACCUCACGCUUUCCUUUCGCUCUCCGUGCGACGUCGUUUCGCCACCAAACAACGGCACCGACACUCCUUUCUUCUUCUCCAACCUGCAUUUCAACGUUGUGCAGCUGAAAAACAAGCAGAAGCAUUUUCCCAACUGCAUUCUCUUUGGACUACAAAAAGGUGGUAUGCUGUUUCAAACCUGCAGCCCAGACAGUUUAUUCAGCUGAUGCCAGGUCAGAGCGAAAUUCUGGAAAUCAUCCAACAGCAUGAAUAGAAAAUUUAAUGACCAGUUGAAAACGGAUAAAAUUUCUUUGUCAUAUGCUGAUUUUCAUCAUGAAAUCACCAAAAGUGAGGAAGACAACUCUUUAAAACCUUACAGAAAUCAGCAAAAGCAAGCAACUUAUAGAAGGGCAAGUGAGGAAGACGAGCUGGUUAAGUACAUGUCAAAUUUACCAGGCUACCUGGAGAAGGGAGAAAAAAUUCCUGAAAAAGUUUUGAAUGUUGGGGUGCUUGAUUGGGCCACUCUGCAACAUUGGCAGCACAGCCAUAAACAUGUUCUUUUAAGUAGCCGGAGCUCGACAUCUGCUAGUAAUACAUCAUCUUCUGUUUCAUCAGAGGGAUUAUCUGGUAAUUCUAGCAAAGGUGUCAGUUGUUCUCCUUCUCAUCAAAGGAUAUUUCGCCCGUCGCUGCAAUCUCACUUCAAGGCAUCUCCAAUGCAAGACUCCACUGUAGCUGUCAAAUCCUCUGAAGGAAGUUUUGGAAAUUGUCAGAAUCUUAGAGGUGGCUGCAGUAAUAUGGACACACAGAGCAAAUAUGCUCGAGUUGGUGAUCUUUCCCAAAACCAUCCUACUAGUAUACCAAAAGGAUGCCAUAGGAGACAACUGAAUCGACAUAUUAAUAAGGAAAGUGAUACCCUGCCAAAUUACGGAAUGUACGGGGCAGCAUCAAGUAAGAAGCUUGAAGUGAGUGCUCAAGAUGGUGGGUUGGAGAAGAAAGUGGAGAAUUUUGGACAACCAAAUAUUUAUACUGAUGAGCAAGUUAUGCUUGGGAAAAGCAAACCAAUUGUUCUUAUUUUGCCUAGAGACAUCCCCCAGAAUAAUCAUUGUGAAGUUCCUGAUAUGCUACCCUCCUUGGGUCAAAAGCUAGGAAGUCCUACUCAAACAAGAUUUUCAGGGAAACCUAAGGAACCUCCCUGUACAUAUUCAAAUUCUGAUAUUUCCUACUCUCGUCCUCUGCCAGAUGAAAUUAGUGGAAGCCAUUCUCAGCCAAAAAGGUCAGGAUCCAGUUCCAUAGAUCCAGAUGGUAUUAAAAUUCCCGCUUCUACUAUAUCAGCACCUGUACCGGUCAGAACGGGGAAAAGUCCAUCCAAAUCUAGAAAGGUCGAGGAAAAGAAACACGACAUUGGUGCAUCUUCAUCUGCAAGUGGGUCUCUCAAGGGAUUAGACCAGAAAGUAACUACUGAGAAAUCAAGAAGUUCUUCACCUUUUCGUCGAUUUAGCUUCAGCAUUAGUUUUACAGGUAAAGGUUCUGGCUGUAAAGAGGUUGCGCAUGUGCCACAUCAGAGCUCCAUAGCAGCACUUAAAUCUAGUUCAGAAAAUGUAAGAGGUUAUGUUAGCUCAAAAAAUCCAGUCAAUGGUAAACCUGGCAAUGCUAGCAAAAGCAGGUCCAGUAGCCCUUUAAGGAGAUUACUGGAUCCACUGCUGAAACCGAAGUCAGAAAACUGCCAUCCUUCCAUGGAGUCGCCUCGAAAAGAUCCAGUGAUAACAAAUAAGAAUUGUAGGUCUGGUCAUGGGAAAUUUUCUAUGGAGAAAGAAAUGGACAGGGACCAGAGAGUUGGUUGUACUACCACAAUAAAUUCAGUUGAUUUGUCAAAGAGCAAGAAGUACGUGCCAUCAUCGUUUCAAGCACUUCUAAGAAUUUCCGUGAAGAAUGGUCAGCCGCUUUUGACAUUUGCCGUUGACAAUAAUAGCAACAUUCUUGUGGCCACAGUGAAGAACUUGGCUGUCUCAAAGAAAGACGAAUGCAGCCAUAUCUAUACCUUUUUCACCUUUAGGGAGGGUAAAAAGAAGAACGGGAGUUGGAUGAAUCAAGCAAGCAAGAGCAAAACUCCUGAUUAUAUUCACCAUGCUGUUGCCCAGAUGAAGGUUUCUGAUUCACACCAUUAUGAUUCAACAAACCAGAAUUGUGUGGACUCCUCUACCACAAAAGAGUUUGUUUUGUUUUCUGUAAAGCUAAAGCAAGGAGAUGGUCGGGUCACUGACUAUGAACCAAAUGACGAGCUUGCUGCUAUGAUUGUCAAAUCUCUGAAGGCUAUCAAUUAUCCACAUCAGAUUGGUUGCCAGAAUGACAGUCGAGACCUACAUGUAACAGUUGUGCUCCCAACUGGGGUUCAUAGUCUUCCAAGUAACGGUGGACCUUCAUCACUGAUUGAGCGCUGGAGAACAGGUGGAUCAUGUGACUGUGGUGGUUGGGAUUUGGCUUGUAAACUUAAGACCCUCGUAAAUGAAAGUCAAGCCUGUAGAAAAUCAAGAAUAUCAAAAGCUUGUUUCCCACAUCCAUUUGAGCUUUUCCUUCAGGGGAAUGACCAAGACCAAGAGAACCAGCCUGCUUUCAGUUUUUCACCCUUUAAGCCUGGUGUAUAUUCUGUAGCUUUUGAUUCUUCAUUUUCACUUUUGCAAGCAUUCUCCAUAUGCAUAGCGUUAGUGGAUGGCUUGAUCUCAUGUGAACUUUCUGGAUCAAGAAACUACAUCGAAGGAAAAAAUCCAAGGGAAACUCUGUUGGUGCAAACAGAUGAACUAAAGGCUUUUGGCAAAAUUGAGGACAUUCCUGCUAGUUAUGUUGCUUAUCCUCCCCUCUCUCCAGUUGGUAGGGUCUAAAAUUAACAUGAAAUCGUGUCUGUUGUCUUUUGCCAUUAAAUGCAGUGUGGGUAACUAGCGAAGAAAUUAGUAUGUGUUACUCAUAUUUGCUGCAUAUUGGUCAAAGACUCAAAGUCGAGAUCAUGACUUGAUCAUAAAUCGUCAUUUUGAAAUAUGAAUCAGUUGAAGUGUGAAUAGUAUGAGUAAAUUGUAUUUUAGCUUCUGGUAAAUGAUGCAUAUUUAUUAUCUCUAUUAAUUGGUUGACUGCCGAAUAAAUCAUGUAUUUAGAGCCAUAUCGUUGAUGGUUAAAUGACCACACUCAAUAUGCUAUUUCAAGCAAUAUUCUGUUCUGUGUAACUAAACCUGAU